GGUCAAGAAGCCUGGUCAGCCUCUACGUCAAAAAAACCACUCUUUCCACACUGUUUCGAACACCUUCAUCUUUGCUCUGCGGGUCUCAAACUAAUCAUAGAGCUGAAUCUAUACAUGGAGGUACACUUUUAGAAACCCUUUUAGCAUCUACUUUCACCGUUGUGUUUCUUCUUGUAAUCCUUCUUCUUUCUACAGCAAUUACUCUGUUAUUUCUGUUGUUGUUAUUGGGUUUCUUUUCUUGUCUUGUUGGGGGUUUUGGUACUUUGGUUUGCUUCGCAUCUAGUACAAAAUACUAAAAAGAAAGAGAAAACAUAAAAAAGAAAUGGAGAUCUGCAUUUCCAUUGCGGCUAAAACUUCCGAGUACGCGGUUGGUCCAAUCACAAACCAAAUUAGUUACAUUUUCAAGCAUGAAGGCAAGGUAGAAAGUUUGAAAAUUGGGGUUGAGAAGCUGAAGGAUGCAAGAGAAAGGGUGCGUCAUUUGAUUGAAGAGGCGAAAAGAAGAGGGGAAGAGAUUGAGCAGGAUGUGGAAAAAUGGUUGACUCAGGUCAACAAAAAGCUUAGCGAUCAAGAUCAAGAAGAGGAUGCAGACAAAGCCAAGAACAAGUGUUUAAUUGGGUUGUGUCCUAAUUUGAAGACUCGUUAUCAGCUGAGUAAGAGAGCAGAGAAGGAGAGCGAGUCCAUUGUUGAGCUUCUGAAUGAAGCUGAGAAAUUCAACUCAGUUUCGGUGUCGUACCGUCCAGCUCCCCAGGAGAUAACGUCCACCUAUGUUAAGGGUUUCGAGGACUUUGAGUCAAGGAGGCAUGUAUUCGACGGGGUUAUGGAGGCUUUGAAAGAUUCUAGUGUCAACGUUGUAGGGCUGUAUGGAUUGGGUGGCGUAGGAAAGACUACGUUAGCAAGACAUGUUGCAGGGCAAGCUAAGGAAAAAAAUUUAUUUGAUACUGUGGUGAUGGCAUUUGUAACACAAAAUGCAGAGACAGCAGAAAUUCAACAACAGAUUGGAGAUAGGUUGGGUCUGGAAUUUGAUGCAAAGACUAUCUCUGUGAGAGCGGAUCGGCUACGUGAGAGGCUGAAGAAAGAGAACAAGGUUCUUGUUAUUUUGGAUGAUCUUUGGGCAAGACUGGAUCUGGAAGCAGUUGGAAUUCCUUGUGGAGGUGAACAUGUGGGAUGCAAAAUUUUGUUGACUUCUAGAGAUCUCAAUGUUUUAUCCAUGAUGGAUUCUAGGAAUAAUUUCCCUGUUGGCGUUUUAGAAGAAAAGGAAGCCUGGAACCUGUUUAAUAAGAUAGCUGGUGACAGUGUCACCGAAAAUCCUGACGUGUAUUCCACAGCAAUUGAUGUUGCUAAGAAAUGUGCAGGACUGCCAAUUGCCAUAGUAACAGUUGCAAGGGCUUUGAGAAAUAAGGGUCUGUUUCAAUGGAGAGAUGCCUUGCAGCAACUAAGAACGCCUUCCUCAAGAAAUUUCACUGGGAUACCAGCACCAAUUUAUUCGGCUAUAGAGCUGAGUUACAGUCAUUUGGAAAGUCAGGAACUUAAGUCAACUUUCUUGCUGUGUAGUUUACUGUGUGCUGACACUCCUAUUAGUGACUUGGUGAAAUAUGGCGUGGGUUUGGGUUUAUUUCAAGGUAUAAAUACAAUUGAAGAAGCACGAGACAGAGCAUACUCGUUGGUCAAUCAACUGAAAUCUUCUUGCUUGUUGAUUGACAGUUUUUUUGAGGAUAUUUUCUCAGUGCAUGAUGUUGUUCGAGAUGUUGCACUAUCAAUUGCAUUCAGGGAGCAGCAUGGUUUUUCAUUAAGAAAUGAAGUUGCACCAAAAGACUGGCCUCCUAUGGAUAUGCUAAAUAACUGCAUUUUCAUGUCAUUGUCGCACAACCAUUUUAUCGAGCUUCCUGAAGACCUGGAAUGUCCACAACUACAAUUUUUUUACAUUUGUAAUGUUUUUCCUACUCUGAAACUUCGGGACAAUUUUUUCACAGGGAUGAGAAAGUUGGAAGUCUUAGAUUUGACUGGUGUGUGCUUUUCAUCACUACCCUGGUCAGUUAGUCUCUUAGCAAAUGUCCGUACAUUGUGUCUGGAUCGAAGUAGUUUUGAAAACAUAGCUAUUGUUGGAGAGCUCAAGACAAUUGAAAUCCUUAGCCUUCGAGAAUGUGAUAUUAAACAGCUGCCAAGGGAAAUUGGGCAGUUGUCUCGGCUAAGGAUGUUAGAUUUGGGUUAUAAUCCCAGACUGAAAUUGAUUCCAUCAGGAGUAUUUUCAAGUUUGUCUGGAUUAGAAGAACUAUGUUUGGAGAGUAGUUUCACUGAAUGGGACAUUGAGGGCAAUGCUAGUCUUGUCGAAUUGAAGCGUUUAUCUAGGUUGACCUCGUUGGAUGUACAUAUUCGGAAUGUCCAAAUUGUGCCAAUGAAGUUGUUCUCUGAAAAGUUGAAAAGAUACCAGAUUUUGAUUGGAGAUAUGUGGUAUUGGUCUAGUCAGAGGAAAACCUCAAGAACAUUGAAGCUCAAGUUAAAUUCAAGCUUUCAUUUGGAUCAUGAAAUCAAAACCUUACUAAAGAAAACUGAAGAUCUGUAUCUAGAUGAAGUGGAAGAUAUAAAGAAUGUACUUCAUGAGUUAGAUGCUGAAGGCUUUCCUCAAUUGAAAUAUCUCCAUGUCCAAAAUAGUCCAACAAUGGAACAUAUCAUUAACUCUGUGGAGUGGGUUCCUUGCAAAGCAUUUCCUAUCUUGGAGUCAUUAUCUCUUCGAAAUAUGAUUAAUUUUGAGAAGAUAUGUCAUGGUGAAAUUGUAGCAGAAUCUUUUAGCAGACUAAAAAUCAUAAAGGUUGCACAUUGUGAUAGAUUGAACAACUUCUUCUCACUGUCCACAGCCAGAAAGAUUUUCCAACUUCAGGAAAUUGAAGUAACUUACUGUAAAAACAUCACAGAGAUUGUUGCUGAGGAAAGAGAGGGUAACAUUGAAGAUAAUGAAGCAUUGUUCUGUCAACUAAGGUACUUGAGUCUUGGUUGUCUGUCGAAUUUCCUUCACUUCUGCUCAAGAGAGGAAAAGCUUUUAACAUCUGAACAUGGACGAUCACAAUCGACCAUUGACACAAGGUCUAAGGAAAGGACGCUUUUCGACGAAAAGGUACUUGUUGAGGAUGUGUUUCCGAAUUUGGAGAAGUUGGAUCUGUUCUCAAUCAACGUUGAGAAAAUAUGGCAUAUGUGCUGUUUUCCAGCUAAUUGUUCUACUGUUCAAAAUUUAACGACUUUCAUUGUGAGUGGCUGUGGCAAUUUGAAAUGUCUUCUUUCAUCUUCUAUGGUUCAAAGCUUAGUGCAACUCAAAAUGCUUGAGAUUACUGAUUGUAAGAUGAUGGAAGAAGUAGUAGUUGCAGAAGAAGAAAAAGUAAGCAAGAUGAUAUUCCCUAAACUAGAGACACUGUUGCUCCGUGACCUUCCAAAGCUCACAAGAUUUUGCUCUGAAAGUUUAAUUGAAUUUUCUUCUCUAAGUGAGUUGUUUCUAGAAAACUGCCCUUGUUUGAAGGUGCUUGUCUCGGGCUUCCCAGGUGCAGGCACAGCAAUAAAGAAAGAAGAAAGGAAGAACAACUCAAAGGAGAACAUCUAUACUGUCGUACCAACUCUUUUUGAUGAAAAGGUGGCACUUCCUAUGUUAAAGCGAUUGUCAAUUUAUGGGAUGGCUAGCUUGGAAAAGAUAUGGCAUGACCAACUUUAUUUGGAUUCCUUAUGCAAAUUAAAUUAUUUUUCUUUGGGCUCCUGUGAGAAGUUACUGAAUGUUUUUCCAUUUAGCAUGCUGGAAAGACUUCAGGGACUAGAGACAUUAGUCAUAUUCAAAUGUGAUUCCCUAGAAGAAAUAUUUGAAUCUCAGGGACUCUGUGCUCGUGAAUCAUGUGCUGCAAAAGCCACUCAAUCGACUGAGAUAGAAGCAAUCACAAAGUUGGCAUUUCCUCAAGUGAGGUCCUUAGGAUUGACUAAGCUACCAAAAUUAAAGAGUUUUUACCCAAGGUUACAUUCUACAGAAUGGCCAUUAUUGGAAAGAAUGGGGGUGGUAGAAUGUGACAAAGUGGAGAUAUUUGCUUCAGAGUAUCCAAGCCCGAAAGAAAUCCAAGGAAAGACCCAAUUCGAAUUCCCAAUUCAACAACCCUUGUUUUGGGUCAAUAAGGUUACAUUCCCUAGCCUAGAAGAAUUGACAUUGGUUAGAAAGGAAAAGGUGAAGGAGAUAUGGCAGGGACAAGUUCCGGCAGAGUAUUUCAGAAAACUAAAAGUUCUUGUGCUCAGAGGGCUCCCUAAGCAAUCAGCUACCUUGUUAUGUCGAUUCUUCAGAUCGUUAAAGAGUCUUGAAAAACUUGAUGUAGGUGAUGCUUCUUUUGACAAGAUAUUCCAAUGUGAAGGGCUUGCUGGUGAGGAAAAACAUGCGUGGACAUUUCAUUGCUUGGCUGAAUUAAUGCUGUUUAGACUUCCUGAGCUGAUGCAUCUUUGGGAGGAAGGAUUUCAACCUGGACCAAUCUUCCAAAAGCUGAGAACUAUAAAAGUUAUGGAAUGUGACAAAUUGAAGUGUUUAGCACCAUCUUCAGCUUCUUUCCAAAACCUUAUUACAUUGGAAGUAUCAAAAUGUCAUGGGUUCCUAAAUUUGGUAACACACUCAACAGCUAAAAGCUUGAUGCAGUUAACUAGAAUGAGCGUAACAGAUUGCAAAAUGAUAGAAAAUAUUGUUGCAUGUGUGGGUGAGGAAACGAAGGAUGCAAUUGCUUUCACUCAGCUGAAAUAUUUGGAACUUAAUUGUCUACCAAACCUGGAAUGUUUCUGCUUGGAAAGCUGUGACCUUGUCUUCCCAUCCUUGGAACAACUAAUUGUGAUGCAGUGCCCAAAUAUGAAGAUUUUCUCGAAGGGAGGGUUAAGUACACCAAAGCUGCAAAAAGUGCAAGUGGCAGAAGAUGAAGCUAAAGGGCAUACGGAGGGCAGCCAUAACACCACCGUACAGCAGCUGUUCAAAGAGCAGAAUUUCAAAGCUUAUUAGUGCUACACUUCAUUUGCCCACAGUGGAUUAAGGUUCAACAGCAGAAGGGCCUCUUUUUGUUCAUAUUUCAUCAUCUCAUGAUGAUGAUGAUGCUUUUAUCACAAAGACAGAGAAUCAUUAGAUUGAAUUCAGUCUGUAUUUUUUUUCUUAAUAUCGUUUAUUAUAGAAAAGGGACAAAUAAAAAAGGAUGGAAGGAAUAUAUAGUUGACUGUACUUUGUUAAAGAUAAGAAUUAACAUUCUACAAGGCAUGGCCAUACUAGCACGUGACACUUUAUGUUUAUAUUUCA